AUGGCUGGGGAGAGGAAAGGUUCCCAUUUUUUAGGGUACUCCGGGGAACAGAUAUCCAGUGGAGACGACGGGAUGGGGCCUGUAGCUCAGAGGAUUAGAGCACGUGGCUACGAACCACGGUGUCGGGGGUUCGAAUCCCUCCUCGCCCACAACCGGUCAAAAGGGGAAGGACCUUUCCCUCUGGGGGUUGAAAAAUCAUUAUAUAAUAAUCCAAAAAUUGCAAUAGAAAAAGAAUCCAGAAAUUGCAAUAGAAAAGAAAAAGAGAGGUUUGCGAUGAUUUUUCAAUCUUUUAUACUGGAUAAUCUAGUAUCCUUAUGCAUGAAGAUAAUUAAUUCGAUCGUUGUGGUCGGACUCUAUUAUGGAUUUCUAACCACAUUCUCCAUAGGGCCAUCUUAUCUCUUCCUUCUUCGAGCUCGAGUUAUGGAAGAAGGGACCGAGAAGAAAGUAUCAGCAACAACUGGGUUUAUUACGGGACAGCUCAUGAUGUUCAUAUCGAUCUAUUAUGUGCCCUUACAUUUAGCAUUGGGUAGACCUCAUACAAUAACUGCCAUAGCUCUACCGUAUCUUUUAUUUCAGUUCUUCGGCAAUAAUCACAAAAAGUUUUUGAAUUAUGGAUACAAGAAUCCAAAUUCAAUACGUAAUUUUAGUAUUCAAAGAAUAUUCUUUAAGAAUCUUAUUUUUCAGUUAUUAAACCCUUUCUUUUUACCAAGUUCAAUAUUGAUAAGAUUAGUCUAUAAACGGAAUUAA